CAAACAACAAAUUUCCACAACACCCAAACAAACAAAAGAUGGGUGCUCUUAGCAAUUGUUGUGAUUUCUUCUUUUACGGCUGUUUCGCCAAUGGUUUCUCAUCCGAAUCUAUUUCGUCCGUUCGUAAAUUCCUUCUCAAGUGGAAGAAACGUUUCACCAAUCGACAUGAAUUUAUGAAUUAUUGGUCAGCAGAGGGUCAAAAACUAGUGGUUGUUUUAAUUUGGGUCAUUUUGAAUCUAUUCCUUUUCACAGAAGCUUUCGUCAGAUAUUAUUAUGCUCUUCUGUUGGUUAAUAUUACUGGUGUUACGGUGGUUCCUUUCUAUGUGGCUUUGGCGAGAGGUUUCGGCCAAUUGUUGAAUUUUAAUUGUGCCCUAUUGAUUUUACCAACUAUGAGAACAUUGUUGAAUGUUUUUAGAAGUUUGAAAUUUGGUUCGAUUUUCCCAUUAGAUAAGAAUUUGGUUUUUCAUCGUUAUUUGGCCUAUUGGAUUGUAGUAUGUGUAAUUGGUCACACAUUAGGACACUAUCUCAAUUAUGCUUGUUGUUGGCAAUUAUAUAAUAGUGCUAGAACUCCUUUGGAAGCUUGUUGGUGGAACAAAUACGGAACUACAGGAAAUGUUCUCUGCAUUGUCAUGUUUAUCAUGUAUGCUGCCUCUGCCAAGUCCUAUCGUCGUACAAAGAAUUUUACAGUCUUUUGGUAUGCUCAUCACUUGUUUGUGGUAUUUUUCGUAUUGUUGUUGGUUCAUGGAAAGCAAUUUUGGGCUUGGUUCUUUAUUCCAAUGGCAUUGUAUGCUCUUGAAAGAGUUAUGAGAAAUUUGCGUGGUUCUGAAAUGACCAUUGUUAAACGUGUUCACUGUUUGGCAUCACGUGUUAUUCACUUGGAAUUGGAAAAGCCAAGUUUCAGAUAUGAAUCAGGUCAAUAUUGUUUCUUGAAUUGUCCAAUGAUUUCUCAACACGAAUGGCAUCCUUUCACUAUUUCUUCUGCUCCUGAGGAAGAAUUCUUACAAUUCCACAUUAGAUGUGUUGGUGAUUGGACCAAUACUUUGAUGGAUGUUUUCAAUCCAGCUCAAAGACCAACAGUUGAAAUUAACAAACCAACUACUCCUGAUGGAACUGAUUAUUUAAUUCGUGUUGAUGGUCCAUUUGGUACUUGUGCUGAAUAUUGUUUCGAUUUUGAAUAUGUCAUGUUGAUUGCUGCUGGUAUUGGUGUUACUCCAUACAGUUCACUUUUAAAACAUUUCAAAUUUAGAUUGGAUGCUGCUGCUUCUGGGCAAGCUCCUCCUCUCAAGAUUCGUCGUGCUAGUUUCUACUGGAUUAAUCGUGAUGAAGGAAGUUGGGAAUGGUUCUCUGAUAUUUUGAAUCAACUUGAAACUGAAAAUCCAGAAUUCUUUGAUAUUCACACAUACAUGACAGGUAUGCUUAAGGCAGAUGAUGUUAAAAAGAUUAUGUUUACUUCCUCUGAAUAUCAAACUCAAUCAAACACUGCUGGUAAUGUUCAACAAUCUGGUAAGGUUGAUUUUAUGGUUCGUGCUUUGCACAAAUAUGAUGCUCAAAGCUCAGAUGAAAUUAGUUUGGAUAGAAAUGAUAUCGUUGUUGUAUCUGAACAAGAUGAAUCUGGUUGGUGGACUGGUACCAACACUACAACCAAACAAACAGGUCUCUUCCCUGGCAAUUUUGUUGUCAAGGUUGACCAUGUGACAAAGAUGGCUGACUCUUCAAAGAGAAACUUUGGUAGACCUAAUUGGGAUGCUGAAUUCUCAGAUAUUAGAAGAUAUGUUGAAAAGAAUAGUUCAGGAGCUAAGAAACCAAAUGUGGGUGUCUUUGUUUGUGGGCCAGGAGGUCUUUCAAAGCAGGUGUACUCGUACGCUGUUGAUAAGAGCAAGAACUCAACUGUUCAAUUUGUUUUCCACAAGGAAAACUUUUAAAUACCUUAAUAAAUUGUAUAUUAUCUUCAA